CAACACAUCUCUGACGAUAGACUACAAAUAAAACUACAUUAAAAUUUCUCAUCGUUAAUUAUUUUCUUAUCUUCUUAUCUCCUCCUCUAGGCAAUACAACAAUACAACAACACACCAAAAUAGCAAUAACAAAAUGAAAAUGGAGCUGGUAUUCAUUCCUUCUCCGGCAACCGGUCAUCUAAUGGCUACCGUGGAGAUGGCGGAGCGACUACUCGAUGAAAACAACCGCCUCUCCAUCACCGUAAUCAUCAUAUCUUUCGACUCCAAAACCACCUCUACGAUCGCCUCUCUCACCGCCGCAUCCAAUACCCGUCUCCGCUACGAAGUAAUCUCCGGCGAAAACCAACCCACCGAGCUAAAGGCGACCGAUUGCCACGUCCAAAAACUGAAGCCACUAGUCAAAGACGCGGUUGCAAAACUCCUUGAACCGACUCGACCUGACUCUGACACGCCUCGUCUCGCUGGAUUUGUGGUCGACAUGUACUGCACGUGCAUGAUAGACGUAGCCAACGAACUAGGGGUUCCUAGUUACUUGUUUUACACAUCCAACGCUGGGUUUCUCGGACUUUUGCUUCACAUGCAGUUCAUGUACGACUCCCCCGAGGAGAAUAAGUACGACACGAGCGAGUUCGAAGACUCGGACGCUGAGUUGGUGGUUCCGAUUUUGACUCGUCCGUAUCCGUUGAAAUGUCUUCCUUACAUAUUCAAAUCAAAAGAGUGGUUCUCAUUCUUCCGAACUCAAGCGAGAAGAUUCAGAGAGACUAAGGGUAUUUUAGUAAAUACCCUCGCUGAGCUUGAGCCUCAUGCGUUGAAGUUUCUCUCCAACGGUGAUGGUGACACUCCUCCCGCCUACUCAGUGGGGCCAGUCCUUACCACUUGUGCUACCUCAUCCCGUCCAGUGGGGCCAGUGUUGCACCUCAGAAACGACACGGACGUAAAAGAAGCGGAGAUUUUGGAAUGGCUUGAUGAGCAACCGGCUGGUUCGGUAGUGUUCCUCUGCUUCGGGAGCAUGGGAGGCUUCGGCGAGGAACAAGCGAGAGAAAUCGCCACCGCGCUGGAGAGAACCGGCCACCGGUUUAUCUGGUCUCUCCGACGUGCAUCUCCAAACGUAAUGAAGGAACCUCCUCGUGAAUUCUCCAACUUGGAGGAGAUUCUCCCGGAAGGGUUUAUUGAUCGAACGGAGGCGAGAGGGAAGGUGAUUGGCUGGGCGCCACAAGCGGCCGUGCUGGAGAAGCCGGCCAUCGGAGGUUUCAUCUCUCACGGCGGGUGGAACUCGACGCUGGAGAGUCUGUGGUUCGGAGUUCCCACGGCCAUCUGGCCGCUUUACGCGGAACAGAAGUUCAACGCCUUCGAGAUGGUGGAGGAGCUUGGAUUGUCGGUGGAGAUUAGGAAGUACUGGCGAGGAGAUCUGUUGUUGGGGAGGACGGAGAUGGAACUCGUGGAGGCCGAGGAAAUCGAGAGAGGGAUAAGGGUUCUGAUGGAGCAGGGUAGUGACGUUAGGAAGAGAGUGAAGGAGACCAGCGAGAAAUGCCAUGUCGCCUUGAUGGAGGGUGGAUCAUCACGCAUUGCUUUACAAAAGUUUGUUCAAGACGUGAUGGAUAAUAUCGCUUAACUGGAAUAACAUGACAUGUAUUUUCAAGUUGGUGUGUU